ACACGCAAGCGUCAACGUAAUGUACGACUCAAUCCAUUGGAUUAUGGACGAUCAGAAGAAGCAGCCCUCUCACUGUCAGAAAAAUUUCAGGUUCAGAAUUUCCUUCCAGCAAUUGAUCAGUUCCUGAGUUCACUGGAUCAACGGUUAAAGGCCUAUGAGGAAACCUGUUCACUUUUCGGGUUCUUGUCUAAACUGGAGUCAAUGAAUUGUGACGAAAUUGAAGCAGCUGCAACAAAAUUGGUUGCUGAGUACAAAAAUGAUUUGGAUCAAACACUUGGAGUUGAACUUGUGCAGUUUACAGCAUUCUUCACUCAAUUUCUUGAAGACGAAGAUGAUGAGAAAUGGAGGGCACAUUACCUUUACAAGCUGUUGAUAGACAAGACAGUUGUAGAUACAUUUCCAAAUGUUGAAAUAAUGCUACGGAUGUACUUGGUGCUCAUGGUCACAAAUUGUUCUGGAGAACGUUCUUUCAGUAAAAUGAAGUUUAUUAAAAACAGACUUCGUACUACAAUGCGUCAUGAUAGGCUCAGCCACCUGGCUUUGAUGAGUAUCGAAUAUGACAUCCUCAGAGAGAUUGACUUCGAAAAGUUGAUCAAAAACUUUGCAGCGGCCAGGUCACGUAAAGUGCCUGGUCUGUAA